CCGUCGCCCCCUCAGGCUGAUCCAUCUCCCCCACCUGCCGCAAACACUCCACCGGAAAUAAUUCCGGUUAGCAGCGGGCAUGCGGGCGAAGAAGAUCCUAAGGCCAAAGGCCCUGCCCAAGAAGAGGCGGAAAAACAAGGCCAAGGAGAGGUUGAAGUAACUUCUUCCGAGAAAGCUGGAGAGGGCGCUGGCGACAUGGUCGUUUUUCCGAAGAACUUUGGAGAUCCGGCUGACACCACUUCCACCCCCAAGGCGUAUGCCACUAAGUUUUUCAACAAGCUGACUGAAGCGGAGAAGUGGGAGCUUGAACAAGACCUGCUCAACGCCAUGCUGAACAACGCCUGGGGGAAGCCUGAUUCCAGGACAUCGGAAAUCCAGGACUUCAAGAAAAACGUUGGCCAGUUCUGCGAUCAACUUAUCUGCAAGCAAAAGGAACAGCAGGCGCUGCACUACGAGCUGCACAAGAACAUUGCCCUGCAGCGCCGCGUUACUCGAGUCGGGCGAAAAAUAUCCGGACCUCGAAGGAUGAAAAUGCAGAACUGGCUAAACAACUGGCGGACGCCCAAGGAAAGGGAGAGCAGCAAGAAGAUUGGGACUGCAACCAGGCAUAGAGGUCUUUGGCACAUAGAUCGUGACAAGAUGGGGCAUGAUGCUAGUUCUGUGCUUGCUGCGAUUGUUGGAGGAAAGGAGACCUCCUACCUCAGGUUAGACCCUCACCUCUGUCCACAGACGGUGAGGCUGCUUUCAAUCGGACGUGCAAUAGUUACCCUCCCGUUGACAGUUGCAGUUGCUGGAUGCGUAUUCUUCCAGGCCGUACAAUAUUCAGACUGUAACAACAAGAUGUCACCUUGGCUGCCGCCGGCCGCCCGAUCUCCAUGGGCAUCGCUGCCAGAAGACAUGGUUCGUCUUGUGGCGUGGCGCCUGCUGGCCGGCGACCUGACGGACUAUGUGCGCCUCCGUGCCGUCUGCACCAACUGGCGGUCUUCCACCGUAUCUCCGCGCGGCCGAGGCGUGACCGAUCCACGCUUCCACCCGCGCCGCUGGAUGAUGUUCGCCGAGGGCCAUGGACUUUACCCCGGCCACGAAGAUCUCCGUGAACACGUCCGGUUCUUCAACCUCGACUCGGGGAUCUUUGUCCGCGUCCGGCUCCCGCUCUUCACGGAUCACUGUGUUCUCGACUCCGUCGAGGGCCUCCUGGUCCUCCAGCGAGACGAGGACACCGCCAUCCGCCUCCUCCACCCUUUCACCGGCGACAUGGUCGAGCUCCCGCCGCUCGCGCCUCUCGCCAUGCAAAUGAGGCAUCAAGAGCCGCUGUCAACUCAGCUGAGACUAAUGAGACGCAUCUCUACCUCCGUCUCCGUCGCCGCCGGCGGGGUCGUGAGAGUCAUGGUUAUCUUCACGGGUAAGAUGCUGGCGGCUGUUGCCACCUCCCAAGACACGGAGUGGGCGAUGCUGCACUGGAGAGUUCCGGGCCAUCACAGGCCGCUGUCGUUGCGAGGCAAGCACUACCUGGUGAAGAACACUGCCGUUGGACAUACCUGGGUCUCACAGGUUUUUCAGAUAGAGGCGCACCAGCAUGAUCCACCAAAGCUGAUCGCCACGAUCCCAAGAGAGAAACUCUGCUACCCUGUGUAUCUGGUAGAAUGCGACUCGGAGGUCCUAGCGGUCGGGCACAACGACAUGUCGCACACACACUUGACGGUUCACAGGCUGUCGGAUCUUGCUUCAGAACGGUACGUCCCCGUAGAAAGCAUCGGAGACAAAGCCAUCUUCGUGGGACCACGGAAUCUCUGCGUCUCAUCCAAGGCACUGCCUAACAUUACGGGCGACACCGUCGUCUAUUACCAUCCACGGAAGCUACAUUUCGUGCAAUACUGCCUCGGUAGUAGCUCCUGGUCGCCGGUCACCGAUGAAUGCAGCAUGAGCGGCUUGGCCCAAGGAACUUGUAGCCUUAUCCGCCAUAUAAUUACAUGUUGCUACCGAAGUCACUGGUACUACCUCCUGUUUAAAAUAUGUUGCAUAUAA